AUACUGUUACCAACCACCAAAGAAAAAUCUGCUCAGAGCGGACUAGACGAUAGAACCAGGCGGACUUCGGCUAGAACAUCGUCUGUCUGAAACAUUUGAAUUAAAUAUUCAUCUAUAAUUUUAACGUUUCCUCUGGCGGUCAACGGGAUUUAAGCUAAUCUAAUUCUAACUACAUAUAUAGGGUUUCUUACUGUCUUCGAAAAGGCCCCAGAAAUGGCAGAAAAUGCAGAACAAAAUGAGGUUAAGCAUGACAGCUCAUCAUCCCCUGGAAUGACAGACCAAGAGAAAGAAAUGGCAGCCAGUGCAUAUGAAGCAUUUUCGGCUGGGAAGUAUGAUGAGUCUCUCAAACACCUCGAAGCCCUGCAGGAGCUCAACAAAGAGGACUACAAGAUCGCCAUGAAUAAAGCUGUCAUAGAGUUUUAUAAAAGUGGUCAGACUACCACAGGGACUCUGAAACAGACCCUAAUGGCAAUGAAGAACCAGGUUCACACAUCAGAGGAUGUUGAUGGUUUGGACGAUGUUGAAAACAGUUUGCUGUACUAUAAUCAAGCCAUCAUCCACUAUCACAUGCGACAGUACUCUGAAGCCAUCUCCAUUGGAGAGAAGCUGUACCAGUUUCUGGAACCAUUUGAAGAGAAGUUUGCUCAGGCUGUGUGCUUCCUGCUGGUGGAUUUGUACCUGCUCACCUUCCAACCAGAGAAGGCCCUCCAUUUGCUAGCUGUGCUGGAUAAACUCUCUGUACAAGGAAGCAACAAGAACGGCAAAGGAGAGAACAACAGUUCAAACAAAGAUGGAGCAAACCAGAAAGCAGAGUUCACAGCCAUGAUUGAGGCAGCCAAAUCAAAGAUGCAUCAGUACAAAGUUAGAGCCUACAUUCAGAUGAAAUCCUCCAAGGCCUGUAAAAGGGAGAUCAAAUCAGUGAUGAACACAGCAGGGAACUCUGCACCGUCACUCUUCCUCAAGAGUAAUUUUGAGUACCUGAGAGGAAACUACCGGAAAGCAGUGAAGCUGUUGAACAGCUCCAACAUUGCAGAGCAUCCUGGACCCAUCAAGACAGGUGAAUGUGUUCGAUGUAUGUUCUGGAACAAUCUGGGCUGCAUUCACUUUGCAAUGGGGAAACAUAACCUAGGCAUUUUCUACUUCAAGAAGGCGCUGCAAGAGAACGACAACACCUGUGCACAGUUGGGAGAUGGCAACAAUGGGCAAGCUAAGAAGUUCACAGGUAUCCCCAUGUGUGCUCUACUAGCCAACAAGCGCUAUGAGCUGCUUUAUAACUGUGGUAUUCAACUGCUGCACAUCGGCAGGCCUCUGGCAGCAUUUGAGUGUUUGAUGGAGGCGGUGCAGGUUUACCAUUCCAACCCUCGACUGUGGUUGCGGCUCGCAGAGUGCUGCAUCUCUGCCAAUAAAGGGGGCUCGGAGCAGGAGAGCAAAGGUUUACCUUGUAAAAAAGGUAUUGUUCAAUCUAUUGUCGGACAGGGCUACCAUCGCAAGAUCGUUCUGGCAUCCCAGUCUACCCAGAAUACUAUCUACAGUGAGGGCCAGUCAGCUGCUAUACCAGUAGCCAGUAUGGAGUUUGCAGCCAUCUGCCUGAGGAAUGCUCUGUUGCUGCUACCUGAACACCAGCAGCAGGACACCAAGACAGAAAAUGGCUCCAAAAGCUUCAGUCAAUCAGGAAGCACAGAGAGCGGAAGCGAAAACAGUGAUGCAUGCAGUGGGAAAGGUCAGGAGGCUGAUAAGUUUUUGUCUGCAGCUCCAUCGUCUCCUCUCAGAAAACAGGAGGUAGAAAAUCUAAGGUGCUCCAUCCUGGCCUGUAGUGCCUAUGUGGCAUUAGGACUGGGAGACAACCUAAUGGCUCUAAACCACGCUGAGAAACUGCUUCAUCAAACCAAGGUGUCUGGAUCCCUCAAGUUCCUGGGUCACCUCUAUGCUGCUGAAGCCCUCAUCUCAUUGGACAGGAUCUCUGAUGCUAUCACUCAUCUCAACCCAGAGAAUGUUAGUGAUGUGUCAAUGGGAGUGUUGAGCAGCGAACAAGACCAAGGGUCUGACAAAGGAGAUGAGCCCGUCGAAUCCUCGGGAAAGCAGACUCCCCUUUGUUACCCCAGCAGUGUGACAUCAGCUCGAGCGAUGAUGCUCUUCAACCUGGGCAGUGCCUACUGCUUGAGGAGCGAGUAUGACAAGGCCCGCAAGUGUCUGCAUCAGGCUGCAUCUAUGCUGAACACCAGGGAAAUUCCACCUGAAGCUAUCCUGCUGGGAGUCUACUUAGAGCUACAGAAUGGAAACACCCAACUGGCCCUGCAGAUCAUAAAACGAAACCAGCUCCUGCCCACAUCAGUCCAGAGGGUCUCGCCAGACUCCCGCAAGAAACCGGUCCAGCCCUUCCAGCUGCCCCCAUCCUUUACACAAGUUCAGCGCAAAUGAGCCUCCACAGCCAACCUCUGAUCCCUGUAUUCCACACACAGACAGACACACACACAGACAGACACACACAAACAGACAGACAGACAGACACACACACACACACACACACAAAAACACCUGUGGAGCCUUGAUAUUUAUAAAGCUGCUUCCCCUCGGCAUCAGGAGCCAUAUGAAAUGCCGGUGUGGCUGCUGACUGAUGAUGAUUGAAGAACUUCAGCUGCAGCAGUGUCAAUGAACUGAGACCAGCUGAGUUUUUAUUUCCAUUAGACUGAGGAAUUUGUGUUAUCUGAACAAUGAAAAUAAAUUUUAUUUACUGUAUGAGGUGUGACUCUUGAAUACCUAUAUUUUUGCCAGGGGGGAUGUGGAGGCCACAGUGGGCACAGUGACAAUUGAUAUAAUAGGGACAUUUUACAGUGAUCAAUAGAAAUAAUACUUAAAUGAUGCACAGGUAGUAAGUCCUGACCCUCUCUUCUAUGACAAACCUCAGCUGAAUAGUAUAUAAUGAGCUGAAUGCAGAUCAUCUAUGUGUAAUAAGAGUUUAACAAGUGAUAUCUAUCUGGAUAAUACCAACAUAUUGCCAAGAUGUGCUUGGAAAUAUGUGUGCCUCCAGAAGGACUCUAGGUAGAAGAAAUCACACUUUGCCAUGUUUUGUUCAGGGGAUCAGUUCCAAACAGUGUUGCACUUCCAUAACACGGUCUCCCAACCACAGUUGCCCGUCCCUGUGCACAAAUGCAGUUUUGUUGUCUCAGGUUGUAGCCCCCAGUUUGCGUGUGUUA